CGCCAACGUUCCCCACCCAAGCCGGUGCCCCCCCCCCCCCCCAAAGUCCCCGUUGUCACCCGCGGGGACACUCGGUGGCUCCCGGUUUGUCACCCGCGGGGACACUCGGUGGCUCCCGGUUUGUCACCCGCGGGGACAUUCGGUGGUUCCCGCUUUGGCCGUGCCCGGCUCGGCCUGCCGCCCUCAGAGGGCUCUGGGGGUGUCGCAGCCCCGCGGGCGCGGCCUUUGCCCCGCUCGGUCCCCGCUCGGUCCCCUCCCGUGUCCCCUCCCGUGUCCCGGGGUGUCCCCCGGUGUCCCCCGGUGUCCCCAGGGCCGGGCGGCCCCGCGGCCACCCCGGGCCCGUCGCUUCCAGGCCGCUCUCGCGGAGGCGGGGCCGGGCCGCGCUGCCCCAAGCCCGCCGGGCCCCGCAGGAACGGGAGGUGAGGGACGGGAGCGCCGGGAGGCGGCGGAAGGUGAAGGAGCCGUCGGGGACCCCCCCGGAGCCCGGGACCCCCCCCGGAAUUGGGUGGAGAAAGGGGGGGGAAAAGAGCGAGAAGGCAGCAUGGGGGACAGCGGGGUCCCCUCGGCGUGCCCCCGGCAGGACGGGCACCCGGCGCUCCCCGAGGGCGGGGACGGUGGAGCCGAGAGCCCGCGGAAUUCCUCGGCUGCUCCCGGGGAUUCCCAGAGCACGGCCCUGGACGGUUUCCCCCUGAAGCAUUCCAACACCUUGACCAACAGACAGCGAGGCAACGAGGUGUCAGCACUGCCGGCCACGCUGGACACGCUGUCCAUCCACCAGCUCGCUGCCCAAGGGGAGCUCAUCCAGCUGAAGGAGCACCUGAGGAAAGGUGAGAAUUUGGUGAACAAACCCGACGAGAGAGGCUUCACCCCCCUGAUCUGGGCCGCAGCUUUCGGGGAGAUCGAGACCGUCCGGCACCUCCUGGAGUGGGGCGCCGAUCCCCACGCGCUGGCCAAGGAGCGCGAGAGCGCCCUGGCCCUGGCCAGCAUGGGCGGCUACACCGACAUCGUCACCAUGCUGCUGGACAGGGACGUGGACAUCAACACCUACGACUGGAACGGGGGCACCCCCCUGCUCUACGCCGUGCGCGGGAACCACGUCAAGUGCGUGGAGGCUCUCCUGGCCUGCGGCGCCGACCUGACCGAGGAGGCGGAUUCGGGGUACACCCCCAUGGACCUGGCCGUGGCCCUGGGACACAAGAAAGUCCAACAGGUCAUCGAGAACCACAUCCUGAAGCUGUUCCAGAACAAGAGGAAGAAGAAGUGAGGCGGCGGCUCCAGCUCUUCCCAGGAUCACCGUGGCCUCACCCCGACGCUCCAGACAUGGAGAAAUCCAGGAAUUUCUGCCCUCGUGGAUCCAGGCCUCUCCAUGGCUGCCAUGCCUAAAAUCCAGGGACACUCGUUCCAGCCCUGGCUGGGCUCGUCUGCUCCGUGUUUGCCAUCGGAACUAAACUCUAAUUGCAAUUAAACUCUGUGGAGCCCUA